AUCCCUUCAAGUUGUUUACAGUGUGAAUCGCGAACCAACGAUGGUCCCGAAAACCGUGACGUAUGAAUCGUCAGACGAUGAAUUGUAUUCAGACGGCUGGGAUGUUUUUAAGAUGCAAGUGGACGCGUUAGACCUCUCCAAGUCCCCCACUCGACCGUUGGCGGAACAACUAGGCGAAAAGCUCUCCAUCUCGCGUGAGGUAACGCCUCGGGCGCCUCAGGUGGAUUCCCGUUCACGAAGACGAGUAUCACACGAUGAAGAGAUGCAGGAGAUGGAUGAAGUUGCCCAAAGAUUGAUAGAGACGGACAGUGAUUCCGAAUCAGUACCAUCAACACAACAAUCUUUAUUGUUCUCGAGUUGUACGACCUCGAUGUCAUCCGUUGGAUCGACGGGCGUGAAACGUGCACCAGACUGGUCUCUACCUCCACCACCAGCAGUGAAACGCAAAGUCGAUCCAAUCGCACCAGUCGUGAAUCUUCCGCAAGCCGGAAAAAGCACAAGACGCAAUUCCCCAGAGUUCGGCGUCCAGUUGGAUGUUGCACACAUCGCCCACUGUGAGAAGGCACAGGCAGUCCUCGAUCGACAUCAACUCGCGUGGGGAACGGUUUACGAACUGGCACGAGGCGUCACUCGUGGGAGCUGGACGUUCGCAGACAUGACGGAGAAUCGUUUGAUUAAACUCAAGGGUUCAAAUGCUGAAGCUGCCUGGAAAGUGACUGCCGUCAUGAAAGAUAAGGUGCCGUCUGCGAUGGGAGCACCGUCAGAACUUUGGCUUGAAUACGAUCGGGAGCAGCUCGCGAUUGUCGAAAACAAAGGUCGCGGCCUCGGAACUAUGGGACAAUGGGAAGGUAAAGAUAAUUGGUACGGAGGCAAAAUCCAGCAAGCUGCCCGUAUCGUAAAAGCUGGAAAGUCUUUCAAAUUCGAGCUCGAGAAACCGGAGAUUCGGAGAUCACACCGAUUCGCUCGGUUUUUGGGGUCUCGACGGAUCCUCCAAGUGCGUGUCCCAGACAAUCUGACGUACGACAAAGUAGGCGCAGCAAUUCGGGAGUUUCUAACGUCAAAUAAAUUCGUGUUGUGUGGCCGCGUCUUCGUACCCUUCCAUGCGAAGGAAGGAAACCUGUACCUUUUUGAAACGCACGAGAACGUAGAUCGGCAGGCAAAUCUUGGCGACGGCGACGGUCAUCGACUAACGCUCUACCAGUUUGUGCAGUGGCAUAAUCCACUGAGGUUGAAUUCGAAACAGCCCAUCAGUAAAUGGUCUACACGAUGGGCGCUGGGCCUCUCAACUUCGGUGCCAACUAUCGAAUUCGCUCCAGAGAAUAUGUUCUUCAUUAAUGAUCAACACGCUGUUGAUUGGGGGGAAGGAAAGCCUCCAGCUGAAAAAAUCAUGACCGAUGGGUGUGGAUUCAUCAGUGGAGCGGCCUUGACGGCUAUCAUGCGAGUAAUGCACUAUCCGAGUCGACCGACCGCGGUACAGGGGCGCAUUGCUGGCGCCAAGGGAAUGUGGGUUAUACACCCAGCUCCCGAGCAUCAAGUCGUCGAUGGAGCACCAAAAAUUUGGAUCCGCGACUCCCAGAAUAAAAUAAAUCUCGGCCCGCUACCUGAAGUGGACACUUCCCACCGAAUCUUCGAUCUCCUCGCGCCGUCUCGUGUAACCGGGCCAAGCCGUCUGUCAAGCCAGACGCUCGUCAACCUGGCACAUGGCCGUGUCCCUUUGGAAAUUUUGAAGGAGCUCAUGGCUGAUGGGCUCCAUGAUGAAGUGCGGCAGCUUACAGAAUGGAAUGGGCGUGAUUCCAUGCUCACAGUUUGGCGAGCUGUUGAGCAAGCCGGUCGUGUUGUAAUCUCGAGGCUGCGUCGACGCAUUGCUGGCCAGGCGCGUGCACUCGGCCUUGGUCAACUCCGACCCAACGAGGAACAUACUGAUGAGAUUGAUGAUCGCGAGGAUAUCACAGUGAACCAAUCGCUAGGUGGCUCGAAUCCUCGGAGUCGCAAUCCCCACAGCGGUGAACCCCUGACUCUACACGAGUCUGCUCUCGAGCUACUUCAGGCUGGGUUCCACCCCCUCAGACUUGACCGGCUAUUUUUCAAGCUUGAAUAUGUGGUGACAUUGGUUCUUGAUGAAUAUAUAGAGAAGUUCCACAUUCCGGUCAAGGAGUCCCUUGAAGCAUACAUCAUACCGGAUCCAUAUGGGGUUCUCGAGGAGGGCCAGAUCCAUUUUCGCUCGUCAGAGCUCAUUACCGACCCUGAAAGCGGAACCCAGAUGGAUAUUGUGACUGGGUCUGUUUUGGUGUGGAGGAAUCCCACGAGACUGCCCUCGGACGUCCAGAAGGUUACCGCCGUUAGCCACCCGAAACUAGCAAAUUACUUUGAUGUAAUCGUGUUCCCUGUGAAGGGGGAGCGCUCACUGGCAAGCUACUUGGGUGGUGGAGAUUACGACGGAGAUACGGUCACACUGGUCUGGUCUAAAAACCUCGUCGAAAACUUUAACACUAGUCCGCUUUGUGAGGCACCUGUUAGCUUGAGCAACGACUUCGAGCGAGAGGUUGAACACAUUGUGGAUUUCGACCAACGAGUAUCCAAACUCUCUGCGAAAGAGGCUCAAACAGCAUUUCAAAAGGUUCUGCUUCUUGGGCUUGCGGAGACGAAGGUGGGGUUGUAUUCGAAGUUCCACGACCUGGCCGUGUAUGAGCGCGGCUAUGCAAGUGCUACUGCCAUUCGACUAGCAUACAUGUUUACCACCUGCCUUGAUGCAAGCAAGACUGGGCUGCGGGUUAAAACGCGUGUCUUCGAAAAAGACCGCAAAUCUUGUGGGAACCGCAAGCCAUAUUACAUGGCCGCUCUCGAACAGAACACGGCCGAGCGCCAAGAGGUAUCGAAGCGCACGGGCUCAACUCCGUACAUUCUCGACGCCCUUGUUGACGAGGGCCGUCGCCUCCGCGACGACUUCCUCAAGCGCUACUCGAAUCUCCGUGGACCAUCUACUAAUGUAGCUGACCGUGACCCUCAUCUCAUGUCCCCUUACCUAUCUGCAUCACGUAGGGCAAUGCAAACUUCGCAUGCCGGUUUCCCGGGUCUGCAGAACAACUUAACUCUGGCGAAAAACCAUGUCCAAAGGGCAUAUGAGGCCUGGCAAGCCGCCGUCGCUUUGCCGAAGAGCGCUUCGAAGGUGAAGGGGUCCCCUGACCCUAAGGAACAACAGAUCCAAAAGUCUGUGCAGUCCUAUGCGCAGCGGCCGGAGGUACUCUUUUUUUCGGAGGAGGAACUCAAGACAGUUAUGGCAUCAUAUGCAUACACCAUGAGUGGUGCGUUCGGCUUCUCCGUCGCAUUCGCAGAACUCUGCGCCAUCAAGGCGCGAGUGCAGGGUGCUGUACUCUUUGCAGAUAGAUUCGCGGAAGUGAUGAACAUUCCCAACAAUAUCCUGCGAGCGCUUUCACAGGCGCAGGAUGAUGUGGAUGAUUGAGGUUUACAUUUUUUGUCGGGCAUCAUAGUCAUAUAGCACACAAGCAUAUCUGUUGUUUUCAUUUCCUGCUUUCUUGCUUUCGAUCUUGCACUAUCUUUGUACUACGUAACUCAAUUGAUGUGUCCGAAUUUCUCAGGGCAAUUUCGAGCAGGCCCGGGCGCUCGAAACACACAAACUAGAAGGACAGGGGAUUUACCGCAAAGAUAAGAUAUACCAUAG